GGCGAUCUAUGGGGUAGAGAAGAUGAGCAAAGUGCUCAGUAUGAUUGACAAUGGAGAUGAUAUGGAGAUCGUAAUAGGGGACGAGUUGCGAAAGGAUGCCUCCAGUCAGUCCAAGAGUUGUCAGAAGCUUUUCAAGCAGAUCAGCGACGGCCUCUCCAACCAGAGGAGUCUUGUCCUUGCUGGCAGUUGCGCAUCAGCUGCUUCUGAGGGGGGAAACAACGACGCCUCGAAUAUUCCAAGAGGUCAAACCUUCAUCGUGCUGGAGGCUGUGGCUGCAGGAAACGAGAGGCUCCUCCUCCUCCGCAGCCCCUUUGGAAGUGUCGAUGGUUCUGGAAAGUGGAAAGGGAGACCUGAACAGUGGAAGCAAAUUGGAGACGAGAAAAACAGCGUCAGAGAAGCUGCCAGCAGGGCUCAGAAAGGUCGCAAAGAUGUGUUCUGGCUCUCGCUGGAGGAGUUCGUGCAAAACUUUGAUGGCGUCGUUAUUCACACCUUCGAACUGUCGUCGGCUGAGCAGAAAAGGCGUGCAGAAAUUAUGUCUGCUUUCUCUGGGUUCCCUCAGCAGCUGAAACCAGGGUUGAGCGAAAGGCAGAGAAAGAUGCAAGCAAAGGCGCAAGCGGAUCAGAUCGCCGCAGAGCUCAUCGCAGAGGAGGAGAGGACCAGCAAGCGGCAGGGCCCCAAGAUGAAGAAGAAGAGAAAGGGAACGAGAUGAUCUCGGGAGAUCAAGUAGAGACACACUGGACCAUUGCAAGACAUUGAUUGAAAGCGGAAAAGAGUG